AUGAAUAGGGAAGGAAUUACUCCUCAGCAGCAGAAGGGGCCAACGUGAGAAAUUCUGAUCAUUACUGCCAACGAUAUUCAUUUACAGAUGCGGGUUAGUGGCACUUUCCAUGUGUUUGGAAUAUUUCGGAGUCAAAGUGAACGUUGAGAAGAUUCUGGAAACAGCGAAAGAGAAGGGAUUCACGAAGCAGGGAGAAAUGUAUUCAGCCGACUUCCUCGCCGACCUCACCAAUCAAUUCCUCCCGAAUUCUGCAGUUGUUCGUGGCUUUCCCGAUGCGAAAACCCUUUCUCAGUCGAUUUGUGACGGAAAGCUCAUUCUGAUCGCCUACGAUUGUGGUCCGAAUUACCAGCCAGUUCAAGUGAAAGGACACUCGGCGCACUGGUUGCUCGCGGUUCGAAAAUUUGUCUUUUUUUAAGAAAAAUAUAUAAUUUUCAGUGUGGAUUCGUUGAAAAACGCAGUGGGCACGGAUUUCGGACGACGAGGGAAUCGACGGAGAAUCCGGAAGACGUGGCAAUUGUCGGAUAUCAAGGGAAAAGCACGUGAGUUGCUCAUCAAAAGGGAAUUCUGUCAAUCCGGAGAAUUCCAGAACUCUUGAUGUGUUUCCAUUCUCCGAAGUGCUCGUCAGCAAUGCCCAGCUAUUGGAGGCCGGAUUGAAAAGAGAUCCAGCCGAGUACAUCAUCCCGAACGCGAGCGAUCUUUCACACAUUCGAAACCGUGUCGUCGAAGUUUACAUAAAGACUUGA